AGAGCUCAAAGUCAAACACAGAGUAUUACUGGAAGUAUGGGAAAAGCCCAUUUAAAGAAGAUGAGAAAAAUAAGAAAAGAAAGAGAGAUUUUAACAAUGAUAAAGAGACUUUUGAAUUGAAUGCGAAAUUAGGGGUCAGAGAUGGGGGCGGUGAAGCAGAGGAGGAGGAGAGAGGGGAGGAAGGGUUAAGGAUGUGCUUGGCUGCUGGGUGUAAAGCGAAAGCAAUGGCUUUAACGAGGUUUUGUAAUGCACAUCUUUUGUUAGAUUCUAGACAAAAGCUUUAUAAAGGUUGUACCUUUGAUAUUAAAAGUGCACAAGGAAGGCCUGUCCUUUGCCAGAAACCAGUUCUGUUAUCAACUGUCCCCUCCCUCUGCUCAAUGCAUUUUCAAAAGGCUGAAAGACAGAGUUUGUCCGCCAAAUCCAAACCAAAAGAAGAGCUGCACUUAAGGAAAAUGUAUCUGAAGAUCACAUUAAGGAGUAUAAAAUUUUCCAUGGCUCUUGAUUUCUAUCCAGAAUCUCGAUGUGUAUGCUUUAAAGUUAUUGAUGAGAGAAAAUCUGGUGAUAUCACUAACUGGGAGGAGCUUGGAUCACUGGACAUAUGCCUUGGAACAGAAUUCCUCGUGCAUACUAAAGGUUCAUUUGCAUCACUUUGUGUGAACCAACGAUUGGUCGAUGGACAGUGAUAAUGAAUUGUUUGUUGACCAAAUAUCAGUUGACAUCAAUUGACUUCCAGUUGAAAUGGCUGCAUGGAUUUUGAGUUUCAAACAAAGCUGCCUUUGCAAACACUGAGCGACAUAGGCAGAUCAAGUGAUAGACAAGGUGGUCACCUUGUUGUCUUCCAGUUUUCAACAUGCUGCUGCCUGUCAUUUGCUUGCAAAAACUUGUGGACAGUUGAGACCCAUUUAAUAAUCAGAACAAGUCCUCAAAAUAUGAAGCUGUGAAUGGAUUUUCUCAUAGACAAAUGAUUCUUGGUUUCUUUUCUUGACAUUUUAUCAUUUCUGUUUGCAGGUGUUGGAUGUACAUAAUACAUAUUCUUCUGCGAUGAUAAAUUCUAUUUGAUGCGUCAAAAUUUAGGUUUAGCAAUCUUUGCAAUUCAAGAAAUGCUGGUGAUGUGAUUGGAGAUGUCAUUAGUAUAUCUGAUUGAGAUUUGAAGAAGUUUUGAGGAGCAACAAAUUUGUAUUUCCUCUGAUGGAGUUGUUGAUGUUGCAUCAUUCACAUCAAUAAUAUGAUCCAUAGAUUUGUAUGAAUUGUUGAAAUAAAAUUCGUUGUUCAUUUAUGUUCUC